UCCAACAAAACUGUACUGUAACUUUUUAAAAAAUUGUUUCUGUGUUGCUAUUUUAUAAAACAAAUAAUGCACUUGCUCUGUCGUGCGUAAAAGUAAAUGCAGAGAAAGCUCGGUUUCUUCAGAUGGAGCACACUGGGCACUCGCCGCAAGCUGCAAGCGGCUCGUGCACAGUGCGACUCCUAUCUAAAGAAACCUCGCGUGCUCUGCAUUUCCACUAACGCACUCGGCUGCAUGCAUUAUUUGUAUAAUCUCCGAUUUAGUCAAGAAGUUAGUCUUAUGACGGUGUUGAGAAACGGGCCCCAGAUGUCGAUGUAGAUAUGAGCUGAAAAUUGGUGCUGAAUGUACUAUUAUCUGCUGGUUGUAAGCGAAUCAGUUGUAUUGCCGUCCUUGCCGUGCAUGUGAUGGCCUUACCACCUCUACCAUACCCGGGUCCCGCCCCCGUCGCGAUCGCCAAGACUGCUUGUCUAUAUCGGGCUAGCUGCCGGAGGUACUGUGGGCUGUGCCUGUGGCGGCAGCUUGCAUGGAAAUAAAUUGAAGGCCUAAAAAGGGAAACUUAAUUUGGAUAGAUCACAGACUGGAGUCUUGGAGAGAACGUUUCUGGAGUGAGGAAGGAAGCAAUGUUGUAAUUUACAAAUACAUUUGACUGCCUAACGUAACUUAGAGCAGGAGAGCAGAUUCUAGCUAGGACUAGGUCUAACUUUACAUUUCACUUCAGGAGUUCAGAUAUUCUCAUUCUGUUGACUUGUCAGAAUAAUCUAUCUAGUCAGACCGUCUUGAUUUAAACUAGGGAAAUGAAACCUUUGGUCUUUGGAACAAGUGGGCUUGUGUGGAAACAGAAAAAUCUAAGAAGAAGAACAAAGAAAGUUUGAGAAAAAUCGGACAAAUUCAAGUUAUGAGCAUUUGAAUAUUGCGAUCAGUACCGCAUUCUUCUCCCAAAGGUUUCAUUUUCCUAAAAAGCCUCAAGUCAAGUUAGUCCAGUUGGGCCUGAGGAUUGUUAUUGACACGGAAUUCAGAACUGAAAAAGCCCAACAGUGACAAUAAGUCAAUGCCAAGUAGGGCAAUCUACAUGAUGAACACAGAAGAGUCCAAAGUACAAAGUAGACUCUCUACAUGAUAUAAAAAAAACUGUAAGUUAUUGGCUAAUUUGGCUGCAGGAAUAAGAUAAGAAUUAAAGAGACCAAAAAAAAAAAGACUAGCAAGUAACAUUGGAUUUUACCAGCCUAGACCCCAGCCCAGAAAUCAUAAUUACUAAGUGGACAAUAAUGUUUCAUAUUGGAUGGAUAUUAGGAAGAUGUCUAUCAAACAGAGAUGGUACCACUCCCAGUCUAAGAUUGACAACAGAAAAACAUUGGGCCCCAUUCUCGUCGACUUUGCAAUCUGAAUUGCAAAAAGAUGGUAAUUUAGCAUUGAUCAUCUUGAACAGACCUAUCCAUGAUUUGCAGCCUCUCCUCAAGAGAGUAUGGGAUGGUGCCAUUAUAAGAGCAGCAGCCGAUGGUGGUACUAACCAUCUACUAGAUUGCAUGACAUCAAAAGACCACAGAUAUAUUCCUGAUGUAAUCUCUGGUGACUUUGAUUCUGUGAGGAAAGAAGUAGUCGAACUCUGCAAAGAAAAGGGGAGUGAUGUGAUCCAUACACCUGAUCAGAAUUAUACUGAUUUCACCAAGUGCCUUAAUAUUGUUGUGAAUAUCAUCAAGCAAAAAUCAUUGAAAGUUGAUAGCAUUAUGGUGUUUGGAGCAUUUGGCGGUCGAUUAGAUCAAACUCUAGCCAACAUCAAUACCCUUUUCAUAGCGUCAACAAUUACUGACCUUCCUGUAUAUCUUCUGGGAGAUGGCUCUCUCUGUUGUCUACUACUUCCAGGGAGGCAUAGGAUUAAGGUAAACACUGGCAUUGAAGACAAAUGGUGUGGGCUCAUCCCAAUUGGUGCCGAGUGCAAGAGAGUUUCAACCACUGGUCUCAAAUGGAAUCUAGAAAACCAGUCAAUGAAGUUUGGAGGUUUGGUGAGCACAUCUAAUAGCUAUGCACCGGAUGCACAAGAAGUGACAGUGUCCACUGAACAGCCUUUACUCUGGACAAUGGGGAUUCAACCUUUGACCUCUGAGGGUCAUGCUUCUGAAGAUGGUCAUCCUGAUUCAUCAUCCAGUAGUCAUGGAACACUGGAUUCCUCAAAGAGUUAGCAAUUCUCUUGCUGAAAAUUAUUCUAAGGGAAAAAUGAAUAUACUUUCAGUAUUCUUUUAAAAUUCAACUUUUUAAAUGUAUUUUAAUGCCUUCACCCAUUGUAGGUGUUUGCCAUAGCUAAAUAGCCAUUGUUUUGUUCUCGUGAUAAAUGAAAAAAAAAAAAUUGACAGAUCAAAUUUUGAUAAAAGUCAGUCCACGUAUGUAUCUAGGGGUCACAAUGAUCUGAUUAUUUGAGAAUUAUCAAGAUCACAGGAAUGAUUACAAGAAAUUUCUUAUUUUCUCAAGACAGACAAUAGACAAUGGACUUGGGGCCUAGUACUUAUAGUCACAAUGAUCAGUUCAAAUUUUGAUGUAAACAGGGACAAGAAUGAAAAUAGCCUGUUUUUUCUCACAAUAACUCACAUAUACCUGUCUGAUAAUCUAAUCAUAUUUUGGGGUCAAUUCAUUGAGGUACAUUUGAAGAUGACCCCUUUCUCAAAAUAGAUCCAAUAAACAAAUCAAAUAUAAACUUGAUUUAUGUUUGCAUAUAUGAGAGCAAUGUUCAUGAAAGCAUUUCAAAAUGUUGGAAGUUAUAUAGGUGAGUCUGCCCCAAUUCAAAUAGGGACCACAGAAACCUGUGUCAAAGUCAAACCUGUUUGGCUUUUAAGCAAACCUUUACAUGGAAGAACUAAGUAUGCUUUGCAUAUUUUGAUAUGAUAAUUUGCUUGAACUUUGGUGUUUGACCUCAUGCUGUCAGGAAUCUACUUUCUUUCACUUUCAUUCGUGCAAUGAUGACAAUUGAUAUUUAUUAUGAACAAUGCAUUAAUUAUGUGCAGGAAAGUCUGAAUAUGAGGGGAGUGGUUCAUGAAAGGACUCAUGAGAUGUUUCAUCCGAUUAAAUCUAUCUUAUCUGAAAGUUACCACAUUAACAGUAAAAAACUUGUGCUUCUCAGCCAAUGAAACCAAGGAAUAUUUUCUGACCCAACAACUUGUAAUGAAAUAUGUUGAUUAAAUGUUCCCCAGGUGUGUGAUAAUUUUGCAUGAUGCAGAGAGAAAAUAGCCACUCAAUAUUAGGGAAUAUUAUGACUAUUAUUUAAUUUCAUGUACUGGUGUGUGCAAUCCAAGUUUUGAGCUAUAAUGGGCACAUUGUAUUUUUUUUUGUAAAUCAAGAACCCUUUCACAAAUUAACUUCAUAUUUAACUUAUGUAUACAUAUGGGAGUGACAAUGAUUUAUUUAGUUUGGGGUACAGGGGUCAAAGGUUGAAGGUCGCAGUGGUCAUUAUAUAAAUCAAAUGCCUUGUUCUCGAAAAGACGCGAUACUGUUUGACAUUUUAACUUCAAACUUUGGUCAUGUAUGCAUAUUGAAAUUAUGUAGAUUUAAGAUGAAUACAAUAUAUUCAGAUCUGCAGUGGCAGAGACAUAAAUGUUGACUGACUUGCUUUCUAAUUCCUAACCUCAUUUACAUGACUCAAUCGCUCCUCAAAUUAUUCAAAUUUCUCUACAUCAUAUUCUAUGAGGAUAAAAUGAAAAUCCAUAUUUUUUUUAUUGUUCAAAAUAGACAUGAAAUGGAAUACUCCGAAAAUUUGCUUUGCCCAAUUGAUUGUGGGCCCAGCAGCCGCUGUGCAGCGCCAGAUCGACGAGGCUCUAUCCCUUUAAUCGUUGAACGCCAAACAGGGUAGCAGCAACUCCCAUCUUCAAACGUCUGAUGCGGCCGGGGUUUGAACCCCCGACCUCCUGGUUGUGAGAUGGACGCUCUAUCAACUGAGCCAACACACCGGUGUAAUGCUGCUUGUUCUAUCAUUAUUUAUUUUAUGUCAAAAAGGGGAGUAUGAGACAGUGCCCAGCCUUGAUUUUUUAUAAUUUUUGAGCAUUUGCCAUGAUAUUUUAGAGACAAAUCUGCAAAGGCAAAUUUUUGCUCUAAAAGUCUCUUAACUUGUCUUCCAUACUUAAAAAUGUGUGCUGAUGAUAAUGGUUUAUCAAUGAUUUUCUUAUUUCAUAUUAAAAUAGAAAAGGUUCAUUCCUGUGCCAGGGAUAAUAGGACAAUUUCCUCAACCCUGGACAUGGGCAGGGUCAAUCAACAUAAAAUAAUAAAACCCUGGGGAGAUAUCCAUUUCAAUUAAAGGACAUAGAACAGUUUGAAUAGUCCAAAUUUACUCUCUAUGGUAACCCAUUACUUGGCAAUACAUGUAUACCUUCAAAAUGGCAGGUUUAGUACACCUAAAUGGUAGUGUAUUUUACACAUAAAAUUUCAAUUUGUCUUCAUUAUCUUUGAAGCUGCUUUUUGUCUCUCUGUGAACUCAACAUAUAUUGUCAAAAUUUCCAGUGAGUAAUGAGAUAAAGUGCACCAUUAGAGAUAUUGGGAAAAAUAUGGGUAAGGUGCCACUAUUUAACUUUGAUAUUACGUGGAUACUACAUGUUAAGUUGUGGGUUUCAUUAUGAAAUUAUUGUCUUCAUUUCUCAGGGAAUAUGCCCAGAUUGUUUUCAAUCUUACAGACCUAUUGAAAACACAUGUAAUAUCAUGUACCUCAAAAUACUGAAAUAUGAUAUAGAAGAGUUUCUUUUGUAUAUUUUUAGCUCAUCCGGCCCGAAGGGCCAGAUGAGCUUAUGCCGUGGCGUGGCGUCCGUCCACAAUUUCAAAAUGCUUCUUCUUCGCCAUUUCAAUUCUGUUUGCUUUAUAUGAUAACACUAGGUGGGGGGAUUCAAAACUUCUACACAGAAUUUUGAAACUCAUUAAAUAUGCUAAUUUAUGCACAUUUUUCAAAAUUCACAAAAAAUGCUUCUUUAUUUAUAGACCGAUUUUGAAUUUUUUGCUUCCAUCUGGUAAGCUUUGAGGUUCGCCAAACUUCUACACAGAAUUUUGUAAUUUUGACUAGAACAAUUUUUAUGCUAAUUUAUGCGAAAUUAAUUUAUGCAUAUUUUUAAAAAUUCACAUAAAAUGUUCUUCUUUAUUUGUUGACCGAUUUUGAUUUUUUUUUCUUCCAUCUGGUAGAGCUUCAUGAGGUUCACCAAAGUUCUACACAAAAUUUUUAAAUUUGGAGUUUAUGCAAAAUUCAUAAAUCACAGAAAAAGCCUCUUUAUUUGUUGACUGAAUUUCAAAAUGCUUCUUCAUCAUUUCAAGUCUGAUUUCAAUUCUGUUUGCUUUAUAUGAUAGCAUUAGGUGGGGGAUUCAAAACUUCUACACAGAAUUUUGAAACUCAUAAAUUAAAAAUUCAGAUAAAAUGCUUCUUCUUCUUUAAUUGUCAACCGAUUUUGAUUUUUUUCUUCCAUCUGGUACAACUUCAUGAGGUUCACCAAACUUCUGCAUAGAAUUUUGAAAUUUUCAGUCGAAAAUUAUUUAUACCAAUUUAUGCAAAAUGUAUUCAUAAAUCACAGAAAAUUCCACUUCUUCUUUAUUUGUUGACCGAUUUUGAUUUUUUUUCCUUCCAUCUGGUAGAGCUGCAUGUGGUUCACCAAACUUGUACACAGAAUUUUUAAAUUUAGAGUAGAAAAUUAUUUAUGCUAAUUUAUGCAAAAUUCAUAAAUCACAGAAAAUGCCUCUUUAUUUGUUGACUGAAUUUCAAAAUGCUUCUUCUUUGUCAUUUCAAGUCUGAUUUCAAUUCUGUUUGCUUUAUAUGAUAGCAUUAGGUGGGGGAUUCAAAACUUCUACACAGAAUUUUGAAACUCAUUAAAUAUGCUAAUUUAUGCAUAUUUUUUAAAAAUUCACAUAAAGUGCUUCUUCCUCUUUAAUUGUUGACCGAUUUUGAUUUUUUUUUUCUUCCAUCUGGUAGAACUUAAUGUGGUUCACCAAACUUCUACACAGAAUUUUAAAUUUUCAGUAGAAAAUUAUUUAUGCUAAUUUAUUCGAAAUGUAUUCAUAAAUCACAGAAAAUGCCUCUUCUUUAUUUGUUGACCAAUUUUGAUUUUUUUUUUCCUUCCAUCUGGUAGAGCUGCAUGUGGUUCACCAAACUUACACACAAAACAGUCAGUCGGCAAGCCCUUAAAAAGUGGCUUCUUUUAUCCAAGUGAUAUUCAUGACUAUAGUGGUUUUACAUUGUUAAUGAGCUUGGUGCGGACCAAAACACUUCUUUUUAUUCGGCCAUUGCUGCUCUAAAUAUUAACAAAAUUUCAUGUUUUUGGUAUCUUUGUAAAGAAGACAAAUCAUUCUUUUAGGUCAUGUGUUUGGAUUUUGAAAAAGAUGUUGUAAUAUAGGGGAAAUUUUAUAUCUAAAACAUGAUGAAACAAAAUAAUUAUUUUCAUGCAACAAAAGUUGUUGUUUUUACCCUUAAAUUCUGUUUGAGCACAAAUGAUUUUAGAUUAUGAUGAAGCUGAAGAUCUAAGCUUUAAUAUGAUAUAAUUUUUAUAAGAAGAGGUAUUUUAGAUGGGUCAGCAGCCAGCUUUUCAUAGGCCAAGUACAUUUCAGUCAGACCGCGGGUCCCUAUGCUAAUGAGCAAAAAGGCCAGAUUCAUCCAAAUCAUCUCGUGGCUGAAUCCUUGCAAAAUCUCGUGAUUCGUGAGAUUUUCUUUCUCUAAGAAUUUAGCUGAUUUAACCUCAAGUUAAAUGAAAUAUCAUUGCACCAUCAGAUAGAGUAAAUGUUAUUAUUUCACAUUGGUCAUUUAUUUUGUAUACAGUAUUUUGUGAAAUAAGUAAAUUUCUGGCCUGAAAAUGUGCCUCAAAACUGAAUUUUCUUCCUCUGUUUUCUUUUGCAAAUUGUGCAAAACUUUUUAUUUUGAGCCUCAAUGAUAUAUAUCACCAUAAAGCUGAAGUUCUGUACUUUCUCACAAUGCCACUCUUGAUAUGCGGCACCUUUUAAUAGGGUCAAGAUCACACUUUUCCCACCAAGGUACAAGACGAGAUUUCUGAAAUUUUGUACAUGAAAUCCAGAGUUCUGAUUGGCUGGAUAAGGUUCACAGAACAACAGGCGCGGUAAUUUGAGGAGAUUACCACAUGGGAAGUGUGACCUUCCCAUGAAAUUUCCCAUGGAAUUUGCCAGUGUGUGGUCUCUUUGACCAAUCGGAGUGAAGUAUUCUUGUUUUCAAGCUGCUUUAUGUACUUUGCCAAUGAAAAGUGUGAUCUUGACCCGAUUAAACCAAUUCUUAUUUUGAAACCUAUACCACUUUAAAGCAUGCAUAUUCAGCUUUAUCAUGAUCUAAAAAUCAUUUGGGCUCAAACAAAAAUAAAGUGUGAAAAUAACAGCUUUUGUCAGGUGAAAAUAAUUAUUUUGUAGCAUAUUUUAGAUCAAAAUUUUAACCUAUAUUACAAAAUAUUUUGAUAAAUUCAAACACAUGACCUGAAAGAAUAAUUCUUCUUUACAAUGAUACCAAAAUCAUGAAAUUCGAUGCACAAUUAGAGCAGCAAUGACCGAAUGAAAAGAGGUGUUUUGGUCCGCAUCAAGCUCAUUAAAUAUGCAAAACAUCUCAAGUCAUGAAUAUCACUUGGAUGAAAGAAGCCACUUUCUUUGGACCUGCCGUCUGACUGAUUUAGCAGCUCAAAAACAAGAAUACUGCUCUCUGAUUGGUCAUAGAGACCACACACCCACGCAAAUUCCAAUGUUCCCCACACUGGGCCUCUGAAGGUCACACUCACCAUGUGGUAAUCUCUUCAAAUUACCUGUGCCUGUUGUUUUGAAAACAUUAUUCAGCCAUUCAGAACUCUAGAUUUUUAUGCUACUCAGAAAUUUCAGAAAUCUCGUCUUGCAUCUUGAUGGAAAAGGCUGGCUGCUGACCCAUCUAAAAGGUGUCACAUAUCAAGAGUGACAUUGUAUGAAAGUAGAGUUUGAGCUUUCUGAUGAUAUAAAUAAUGUUUGUGCCCAAAACACAAAAUUUUGCACAAUUUGCAAGAGAAAACAGAGGAAGAAAACUCAGUUUGAGGCAUCUUUUCAGGCCUAAAAUUCACCUAUUUAUCAAAAUAUUUUAUUCAAAAGAAAUAACCAAUAUAAAAGAGUAACAUUUACUAUUUUCUUAUGGUACAAAAAUAAUCAGUUUUACUCAAGAAGAAAAUGGUUAAAUUCUUUGAGAAAAAAGUCUCACAAUUCACGAGAUUUUGUAGGGAUAUAAAUUCAGCCACGAGAGGACUUGGAUAAAUCUUGCCCAUUAACAUAGGGGCUUGCAGACUGACUGAAAAUUUUGGAAUUUUGUCUAUAAAAUUAUUUAUGCUAAUUUAUGCAAAGUUUAUUCAUAAAUUACAAAAAAAAAUCUUCAUUCAUUGAUCAAUUUCAAUUUUGUUUGCUUUAUAUGAUACCUCGAGAUGGAGAUACAAAAUUUAAACACAGAAUUUUGAAACUCAUUAGAUAUGCUAAUUUAUUCAUAUAUUUUCAAAACUCACAAAAAAUACUAAUUUAUUUGUUGAUUGCUUUUGAUUAUUUUUGUUCCAUCUGAGAGCUACAUGAGGUUCACCAAGGUUCUACACGAGUUUAGAAAUUUUGACUAGAAAAUUAUUUAUGCUUAAUUUAUAAGAAAUUUAUUCAUAGAUCACAAAAAAUGCUUCUAUGUCAUUUCUUCAUCAAUUUCAAUUCUAUAUCCUCAAUUUAUGUCACCAAUGUAAUUCACUAGUGUCAACUGGGCUGAAAUUAAAAUUAUGUUAAAUUUCGUUGCGAGAUGCCGGAUGAGCUCCACAUCAUUGAUGUGCUAGUUAUGAGAGUAUGAUGAUUUGAGUGUCUAACAAGUGACAUGUUCCAAUUCAGUUCAUGUUGGAUUAUUGAUGUGUUUUUCUAACAUGGUGUUAUAUUUCACAUUAAAAAAAUUUGAAUCUCAUUUAGGUGAGGACUGUACAGUAGGAGGCAUGUACUUUAUGCAUCUCAUUAGGCCCUAUUGGUGCUAUGGAGCAUGCUGCUGUCUAUACAUGAAUAGAAAAUGGACCAGCGAUGUCUAUUACUUGGGUCAAAAGAUGAGUUAGCCAAUUAUGUCAUGCCUUUACCUUUAUAUUAAUAUUUUAGUAUUCAAAUAUUAAUAUUUUUUUUAUAUAAAUGUAGAUGGGCCAAUAUAACAAUCAUAAAGAUAGAAUUCAUGUCCUAUGAGGAAUUAAACAUUGUACACUGAAGGAAAAAUGAAAUAUUUUGACUCCUAGUUUUAUGUAAUGAAUAACUCGUGUCUUAAUGCAACGUUUAGGCUGUAAUAUGUAUUGAUAAGGUUCUAAUAACUCAAGUGCUACUUGAAAAAAAAUGUUCUUCUUUUAGUACUCCAAUUUGACUAUAAAAAAUAUUUGAUCAGUACAAGUACAUGAUAUACUCAUAUUUUGUUAUUUUGGUCUCGUGAAGAAUAUAUUUAAUAAAGAUGUUUUAUGAGCAAUGAA